UGAUGAAGGAGGUUAAAGACCUCAAACAGACGGUGAAUACGCUGAUAAACAACCCCUCCGACAGUGAAAUUAACUUGAGCGAAAGCGACGGGGAAACUCCUCGCGAUAAAGCUGCUGACGAAAGCAGCAAAAGCGACACACUAAUUAAGACUAAAACCUUGAGUAAGAACUUGCUCACGGAAGUUGUCCAGGAGCUAGACAUCACUGAGAAAACAGGUGCAGAUGUUGACGAGGAGCUCGUUCAACUUAUGGAGGGACUCCUCAAAGACAAACUACAAGAGGACAAAAUUCAAGUAAGAGUGGACAAGUAUCCACGCCCAGGAAAUGUCGAGGGUUUGCGAACGCCCCGGGUGAAUCCUUUGAUAUGGAACCAAAUUCCCGCACAAGUUCGCACGAGCGACUCAAAAUCGCAAAAGACACAAAACGCCCUUGUUGCAUCCACAGUUGCUAUGAUGAAAGCGACUAAUUUAGUCAUCGAAAACGGUGAUGAAACUACCAGAGAUAAUGACAAAAAGGUGGUGACAAUACUAACGGAUGCUAUUACACUAGCAACACAAUGCUUUGAUGACAUAAACACAUCGAGACGCCAAGCGAUGAAAAAAGACCUUCACAGAGACUACUCGGCGCUUUGUACCUCGACAACCGUCCCUGCUGCAUCAGAAUACCUGUUUGGAGAUUUAUCAAAGCUCACUAAAGAUAUAUCAGAUGCAAAUAAACUCGCAAAAAGAGUGCGGCCGCCCUCAUCAAGAGGUCAUGGAGGUCAUAGAAAGUUUCAGUCCGGCGGCUCGCGUAUGCAGGGAUACCAGAGCAGCCGAAGGUUUCAACCAUACGCAAGGCCACGGAAUGAUUUUUUGUCCAAAGGCCGAAACCCAAGAUCAAAAUUCAAAAAGGAGGGCGACCACAAGUAGAAUCUCAUGUACAUACCGCACAGGAAGAAAUGUUUGAUCCCAAAGUGUCUGCAGAAAAUAAACCAAGACAAAGCAAAAGGAAUAUUAUUAAUACCAGUUUGGCCAACACAAC